AAUAUUAUGUUUACUUUGAAAAUCUUCUGCCAUUCAACUUUUUCAGUUCUUUCUUGGAAAUAAAAAGCUGACGUUGACGUUGAUUCGGCGCCAUGAUUUUUCAAAACCUUUGAAGCUAAAUAUUUUUUUAACUAUUAACAAUAUAAAUUUGUUAAAAAUGGAGAUUGAACAUAAAUAUACAUUUGUCCCCCUUGUUCAAAAAAAUCUUAUUAAUAUAAACGAUAAAAAAAUUCAAGAAUUUCUUUCUAAAUGGGGAAUUAAAGGAAAUUUUAUUAUCCAGCAUUUUACAUUCAAUGAACCUUUUCAAAAAUAUCAUAAAUAUCAUUUAGCUGAAGCUUUUUUUAAAGAUAGUACUGUUGCUAAAGAAUUAUUAACAAAGCAAGGAAAUUAUUGGGCAAAACAAGAUAUAAUAGCAUCAAGUGUAGAAAUAAAUCCUAUUUCUUGUUCUGUUUUAAAUAUGUCUUUCUUCAAUAAAUUAAAAGAUCCUAAAAAUGGAAUUGUGCACAAAUCUGGAGCAAUUUGUAAAAGAUUUGAUAUGGAAAUAGAAAAUUUUCUAAUCUCUGAUAAUCUUAGAGCAAUGUUAUUAGAUGAAGAAUGUCCAGAGUAUAAUUUAUAUUUAAAAGAUGAACGAGAAGAAUUUAUAUUUUUUAUUUUUCAAAUGCUUGUUCUUGGAGGAAUAUUGUGUCAAUAUGAAGAUAUUUUAAAUCCAUAUUUAGAAGUAACAAGAGCUAUGUAUAAGGAUUUAAUAAAAGUACAAAAAAAUGAAGAUACUGAUUUAUCAAUUAGUACAAUAGUUUUACAGGUAGUAGCUAAAGAUAAUAAAGGAGAAGCAUAUUUUCCAUAUGAUCCAUCACAUAUGCAAAAUAUAGGAUUUCUAUUAAUUGACAGUGUAACUCAUGAAAUUACAACAUUUUUGCAUCAGUUUGGCGAAUAUUGUCUUUCACAAUAAUUAUAAAAAAAUUUAGAGAGAAUUAUAUCAUAAGUAUAUUUUAUGAAAAAAAACAUUCUAUACACCAAAUCAUUACAUUAUGUAUUGUGCAUUAUUUAUAUUAUACAUUUAUCAUAUACUUAAUAUUCAUUUGUUAAAAUAUAUUAAAAAUAUAACUUAAAAUUUAACAAUUUGUCUAUUUAAUUGAUUAAUUGUUAUUAAGAAUAUUAAUAUGUAAUUUAAAAUAUUAUUUACUGAUGCAUCAUUCACUUCAUAUAUGUGUAAAAUGUAAAUAUAAUACUAUAUAUAAAUACACUAUAAAUAAUAACAUUCUUUAUUUGUAAUGUUAUUUUUUUCUGUAUUAUAUUAUUUGUAUUAUAUUAUUAUUAUUAUCUUAAGAUUAAUGUUUGUUAAGACGAAAAACAUGAGAUAAAUGUAAAAAUCAAAAUAUAAUUCUAAUCACAGCAU